AUGUGCUUAAGAGUCCUUGCAACUUGUCGAAAUCUCAUUAUAUGCUAUCUGUAGUACAAUAAAAUAGCAACUAGUGAUUUGGCAUCUUACUUGGCUAAAUUUGAUAAACUUCAAAAAUUGGAUUUAAGUUUCAAUAUGAUUAAGAAACUUCCAAGUGGCUAGACAUUUUUGUCACUUAAGAACUUGAAAAUAUUUUAUCUGCAUGAUAAUCUGAUAUCUCAAUGGAACGACUUAAACAGUAUUUCAGAAGCACCUGUUAUAAUGCACUUGACAAUGAUGAGAAAUCCAAUUUCUUAAGUGCCUGGAUAUCGGCAUUAAUUAGUGAAUCAUAUGCAAAGCUUGUUGGCUUUAGAUGAGUAUAUCGUCACCGAUGAGGAAAAAAUUUAGUAUCUAAGCCCUAAUGCUAUUAGAUUCAGAGCAAUGAGUAUGCAAUUUAUGAAAAUUCAUGUUCCAAAAUUCCUUGAAAACUUAUCAGCUGAGAAACACUUAUUCAACCUUGAAGUUGACAUCUAUAGAAUUAAGAGAAUGUUUGAAAGAAACUCUCCAUCAAUUAGAAUUUAAAGCUUAUACAGAGGAUAUGAUUAUAGAUCUAAAGCAGUAUUUUCUUAUGCUUAGAAGAAGUAGGCGGCUAUUAGAAUUUAGAAGGUCGCAAGAGGAUGGCUUUAUCGUAGGAAAAUAAAAAAAGAACUCUAAAUGCUACUGAAAUAAAAUGAUAUGGAUUAUCUGCUAAUGUCCCAGGAUUAGUAUAGAUAGUAUAGAGCUGUCAUCAAGAUUGAGAAAGCUGCACAUGGUUGGAUAAGGAAAAAGAGAAAGCAGCGUUUGUAUAACUAAAGUGCUACAAUGAUUUAGAAGUUUUGGAAAGGUAAAUAUACUAAAUACAACUCUUUCAUGAGAGGCUUAGGAGUAGAAAAUGCGGACUGCUGCAUUUAUUUUUUAAAGGAGUAAAAGGCUGAAUUCUAUAAGAUUCUAGUAGAUCUGAUAAAAAGCAAUAAAGAGAUCAAGCAAAUUUACGCCCUAGAUGAUCUCAAAAGAUAUAUAGUUAAUGAUGUUAAUUUCUCACUGAUUAGAUAUCCUAACCCUCUAAACUUCAAAAGAUAAGAAUUCCCUCUUCUCUCUCUAACAAUGCCUACUUAUGCCUGUAGAGUGAGAGUUUCAAAAGGUUUCACCAAAUUGAUUGCAGGAGGUUAGCAUGUUUAUAACGUAUACACUAGAUUUUCAGGUAUGGAGAGAGAAAAAGCUAUUUUAGAUAGGAUUAAAAUUAGAAUGUGCCAUUAUAACGCUGUCGACACCAGUAUCAUUUUCAACACAAGAUAAAGUAAAAACUCUACUAUUAGGGCUAAAAAACUGUUUGAUAAUUAUUAAGAGUUGCUAGUGUUCAGACCAAACAGCACUGAGCUUGUCAGAGCUGUCUGUUAAGCUAUAUUCAAAAAUAAUUAGGAUAUCAUAAAUGAGAAUUUCCUAGCAUUUUUCCCGACAUUAAUGAGAAAAGUAUCAGCAGCUAUCUCAAUAUAAUAAUCUUUCAGGUCAUAUUUGAUUAGGAGAGAACAGAAAAUUGGAAUGUUGAGCAAUAAAAGAUUACUUUGUCACCCAGCAAUAGAGUAUUGCUUUUCUUGGGCUGUAAUUGAGCAAAGAGCAGUAUUUUGCAUAUCUUAAUGGUGGAAGUAUUUCAAACUAAAAAGGAGAUUAGAGGCAUUGACAUCUAUACACCAAUUUAUCAAAACUAUAAAUCAUCCUUGCAUCUAUAUGGAAGAGAGUAUUUAUCUUAGCAUUGAAAAGAUACUAGCAAGAGCAACUCAUUAGUUUAGAUUUAUGGAUCAGUCAAUUAAUUUUGACUUUUAUCAUCCGAGUUUAGCCUAGCCUAAUAUGACAUUCUCAUAAAGAAAGAUUCUAAUACAAGAUAAUGAAAGUUCAACUAUGAAAGAAACGAGUAGGUCAGAUGAUGGGAUGGAUGAUUUGGGAUAUCAUCUCGUUAUUCAAAACAUAAAUGACUUAAAUGAUAGAUUCAGAGAUCACCCAUUUCCACUUUGGAUGGAGAGAUUUAUGCCAGAUUUUAAUAAGUUCAUUUAUAAAGAAAGCAAUGAGACUUAAUUUUUUAAUAGCUAUCUCGGUAUUAUCCACAAAUCUACAAUCGACUUAAUGAGUGUUGUUAAAGAUUACAAUGAGAUUGUGAGUCAUCAUGAUAAGUAGUUAAGUUUGAACAACGGUCUGAGCUUUGUUUAGAUUAAUUGCUGUAGUGUUACUGAGGCCAAGAAGAGGGCAUUAGUGAUAGCACUUCUUUCUUAUAACAUGAAGAAGAAGAAUUUUAUUAAGUUAUUUACUCAGCAAGGAUUAUCUGAUGGAAUAUUUCUUAAGAGUCUCUAUCAGUUAUGGGAUCAAUAUGGCAUCGAAGGAGGAGAUGCAAGAAUGAAAAGACUGUUAGCUAAUUCAGGGGGGCAUGAUUCUCAUAACUAAAGAACAAUUAACCCUAAUUAAAUUAAACUGCAGCUGCAAAAGCAUACUGGAGUUGUCCUAAAUCUCAAAGAUAGGUGGGAGAUAGAAGGUCAUUAGAUAAUGAGAUUUAAUCAUAUUAAAAAAACAAAGGAAAUUCCAAGUUAUCAUACCACGAAGCAAAGAAAGCAUGACUUGGAUAAUGUUGAGUAUAUUUAUCUACAGAGGAUGCCUGAAGAAGACACUCUAAAGUUAGAGAUAAACAUUUAAGAUGUAGCUGCAGAGCCAUCAAUGAUUAGCAAUCCAAAACAAUAAUCAGAAGCUUCAUUGAUAUUAAAUCCUCAUUCACAAAGAAAACAGAGUUUUUAUCACGUUUCUUCAAAAGAACCAACAAGCGCUCUAAAGAAUAUAUCCCUCAAAGAUAUAUAAUAGUAAUCAAAGAGAUCAUCAAAUCAAUACAUAAUAAAUGAUGGGAUGUCUGUACCAAAUUCUACGAAGUCUGUCACAGCUUGGCCUAGUUCAAGAUAUUAUAAGGCCUAAGUUGAUCAAAACAAGAACAACUUGAAUUAAACAGGCAAAAAUGUAUCUUAGGGAUCGACAAUCAACUUUUUCAGUAUGAGGCAUUCAAGCAAUGUAGCCUCAACUAGAUUGAAUUCGUAAGAGUAAACUCCGCUUAAUAGAUACGAAAAAGGAGUCAAAAAGUAAUCAGGCACCUAGUCACUUUAAUAUUCUGCGUUUGUCACUCGAGGCCAUUCCAGACAAAAAUCAAUGAUUGGCGAGUAAGAUAAUAACAAACUGUUGGAAAUGAGUAAAUAAGAAGAAGAACAAAAGAGAGAGUAUUACAAGCAAACAUAAAAGUUUGAAAAGUAGGGGAAAAGAUUUGAGGUGGAAAAGAUAAAACAAAUCAACAUGAUAAUGAAAUAGAUAGUAAGAGUAGAGUAGGAUGCUAAUAUUUAAAUGUACUAGAGAUUCAACAAGCAAGAAAAAGAACUGAUUAGUGAAAUUAGGGAAAAAGAAAAAGAAAAAUUUGACAAAGAGAAGCAGGAUAAGCGAUAGGCAGUUUUAGAGUUGCAUGAAAAAUAAGAUAAAAUCAAGCAAGAGCGAAACUUUUCUACUGAGUUUAACUAAAUUAGGAAUUUGAUUACAAAGCAAUCUAGAAUUGGACAAAUCAUGAAGCUUAAAAACAGAAUGUAGAAAGGUAAUAAAGAUAAAGUUAAGGAACAGAAAGAACAGGAAAAAGAGGCUUUGAAAACUAAAAGCAGUAAAAUAUCACAGUAGAAAUUGAAGCCUCUAACGUCGACAGAAUUUGAUCUCAGUGCAAUAAAUCAAAGAUAAUCUAAAGCAUACUAAAGACUGCCGAAGACAGCAGUGCAUUCUCCUAGACCUAAGGAAUUUUCUAAUGAUAAACAAGUAUUUAAUAAUAGCAGUCAUAAUUUACUAGAAAAUAAUCCUAGUGUUCCUCAAAGAUUUUAAAUCUAAUUGGAUGGGAAUGGUAACCAUCAAUAUAUUAAUCAAAACAAAGCAGGCUAGGAUGCAAUUAUAGAUUACGAUCUGAUUGAAAAUAAGUUAUUUGAAUUUGGUUUCAAGUAACAUACUAAGAACAAUCUUAUUAAGUACAGGUAGGCACAUAAACUUACCUUUAUAGAGGAGAAUUACCCAAUUAGCCUCAGCUCUUCAAUAUUUGAUUUUUAGAAACUAUAAUAAAUUUGA